AUGCAGUUACGUUUCGGAGUGAAAGAUACUAUUGAUUUGAAGGGACUACAGACUAGCGGCGGCAAUCAGGCCUUUACGAUUUGUAUCCUCUGCGAAACUCUACCGACCCCGCGCUCCAAAGACUCAUAG